AUGUCGAUGAUUGCCUGCUCAAUCGUUGACUUGGACGACAACCCCGAUGCCUCCAAAUGGUACCUGGAGACACACGUUCCUAGGGUAGUUGCGAAACUUGGCGGUACUGCGUACAGUGCGUCAAAAAUGGAGGAAAACGUGUUCCCAGAUAUGGCAAGCAUUGAAGGGCAAUACAUAACACGAUACGAACUACCAGAAGGCACAGACGCAAAAGCAGCCGAAUCACACAUAUCUACAACGAGCGAAAAGCUUCCCCUGAGCGCAAAGAUCGAAACACGGAUGUACGAGCGUCAAGAGACGUGGUAUGGUGAAGGUUGGCGUGGUCACAUUCGAGAUAUCCAAUUCUUCCAAAUGGCCUUUUGGCAGACAUCUGAGGCGGUCCGCGAUGACUUUGUUGGGUGGCUCCGAGACGAUUUUUUUCCCAACAUGGCAGACAGCCCAGAGCUUAUUCGCAUGAGCAUCUUCAAAUUGAAGCACGCGUCCAUCUCUCAAAACGGAAACACAGAACAAAAGAACCCUGAGAAUAUGUAUCAGUACAUGGGCGUGUGGGAGGUGAGUAGUACCUACAAAUAA